UCCUUUCUCUUUUCUCUCCUCUUUUCUUUACUUGUCUUUUUAUUCAAUCAUGGUCUCCAUAACAACAAACACUCCUGUCAUUGCCUUCAUUGGUGGUGGCAAUAUGGCUGAAGCCAUUUUGGGCGGUCUUUAUAGUCCUUCUGUUGGUCAUCCUCACAGCCACCUUCGAUUCAGUGAGCCCUUAGAAGAACGUCGUCAAUACAUGAUAAAGAAAUAUCCUGAUGUGAUGGCCACCACAGACAACCAAACCGUGGUUGACGGUGCUGAUAUUGUUAUCUUGGCCGUCAAGCCUCAAGUGUUGCGUAUGGUUAUUCAGAAUUUAGCUCCUACACUUCACAAGAACCCUCAUAUCUUGAUCAUUUCUAUUGCAGCAGGAAUUGAGACAGAAGCUAUCUUGAGAUGGCUGGAUCCUCAAGGUUACAAUGCACCCUUGAUUCGUAUUAUGCCCAAUACUCCUUCUUUGAUUGGUGAAGGUGCUGUUGGUUUGUUUGCCACAGCUUCUGUUUCACAAGAACAAAAGGCAUUGACAGAACGUUUGAUGGGAUCUGUCUCUAAAGUGUUGUCUUGGGUUGAGUCAGAGGAUUUGAUUGACACCAUCACAGGUAUGAGUGGUAGUGGACCUGCUUAUUUCUUUUUGAUGAUGGAAGCCAUGGAAAAUGCUGGUGUUGCUCGUGGUUUAAGCAGAGAAGAAUCAAAGGCAUUGACACUUCAGACAUGUUUGGGUGCUGCACGUAUGGCCAUAAGUUCAGAAGACGACUUGGCUACUUUACGUCGUAAAGUAACUUCCCCUAAAGGUACAACAGAGGCUGCUAUCAAAUCCAUGGAAACAGCUGAUGUCCGCAAAGUGAUUCAAGAUGCCGUCUUUGCUGCUACAGAUCGUAGUAAGGAAUUGGCUGAAGAAUUAGGCAGAGAUUAGAAAAAAAAUGAGCCCAAAGAAAAAAAGUUGUAUUUAUUUGUAUUAUAUCAUAUAUAUAUAUAUAUUAAAUCAUUUGCAGAUAAACUAAUCUCUGUCUUUAUUUUUGACAUAUUUGUGAUACAGAAAGCAAUUUGUAUCGAGCAACCAUGGUAAAGAUCUGAUUACAAAUCAAUAUAAACUCAGUAUUGUAAAAAAAAAGGUACAGACAAAUAUUAAUAAACUUUGACGCGUCAGUGGUACAAUCUGGAGGUUCUAUAAAAC